AAAAUGGAGAACAAAAGAAUGGCGAUGAUGAUAGUGGUGGUAACGAUGUUGGUGAUGGGGAACCUUCUGACUGACACAGAGGCUAUACCUUUUAAAGCUUGUUACACAGGUUGUAUUCUAAUGUGUGGUACAACUGAGCACGGGAUUAAAAAAGUAUUAUGUCCUGUAACGUGUAUCAAGACCUGUAUGGAUCCUCGUCCUGAGGAAAAUCUGAAAGAAACUGUUCCCACUGAUUAUUUUUGCACACUCGGAUGCGCUACCGAUCGUUGUAUUUCAUCCUCAAUCGAAGAUAAAGACAAAAAAGUGACGAUGUUGUUGAUGACAAUGAUGAUAGUGAUGGUAAUGGGAAACCUUAUGGUUCAGACAGAGGCUAAGUCUAACCAUUUUAAAGGUUGUUACUCAGAUUGUCUUGUCGUGUGUAGAUCACAUACGACAUUUCCAAAAUCUCUAUUAUGCCCAUUUACAUGUCUCAGGACUUGUCUUGUUCCUACUCUACCGACUCCUUCUCCUUCCUCGUCUCCUGAUACGGAUUUAACAAAUGAAAUCGACAAUACUCGUUACUUCUGCAAACUCGGUUGUGCUACUCAUCAUUGUGUUUCUCUCCAAAUUCUGAAUGUGGAGAAAGUUGCAAACUGUGUGGAUAUAUGCUCGGACAAGUGCCCUUAGGAGAAGAAAAGCGAUAUUGUUUUUAUUUCAGAAAAAUCGACAUCUUAUCGAAAAAAACAAACUAUAAUGAUUAAUCUGUAUUGAUGUGAUAUCCAAACCAAAUCAGUUG